AUGGCGAUAAAUUUAUUUUAAUCAUCUACUAAUAGUACAUUAAAUCCAUUUACUAAUCAUGCCAAUCCUAUUCCAUAAUAAAAUAAUAAGUAUCAAUUUAAAAAUACUCUAUUAGCUUUCAUCCAUCAAUCCCUGGCUCUUAUAGAGGAAUAUUUAAAACUGAGAAAAUUACAUAUACUCAAAUAGAUCGUGAUGAUUAAAAUACAAAUUUAUAUACAACAAACAUGUUUAUGCAACAAGAAUAUAAGGGAAUUGUAUAUAUUAGAUAUUCCCAUAGAGUGCUUUUCAAAUUAGAUUAGAGGAUUAUUAUUUAAUUAGAUCAUAAUCAAUAUAAAACCAUCAUAAAUCACAAAUUGAAGCAGCAGUGAGGAAUAAUAGUUUUAAUCCUAAAAUGAUUAAUUCUUCGCAUUAACAAAGUUUUCAUUACUUAUUACAAUAGAUCUAAAAUCGCCUUUAUUUCAAGAUUAAGAUGAUAUUUUCAAAAGAUCUAAUAACUUAUUUAAUAAACCCAAUGAUCACAUAAAAUAUUCCAAUAAUAACCAAAAUAUUUUCAAUAAUCCAUCUAAUAUCAAUAAAACUGAUAUUUUACCCAAUAAUUCAAAUGAUUUAUUCAAUAAAAAUAAUAAUCCAAAUAUAUUUAAAGCUCCUCCUUUUAAUAAUUAAAUGAAUAAUAAUAAUAAUAAUAAUCAUAAUAAUAAUAAUAAUAAUAAUAAUAAUAAUAAUAAUAAUAAUAAUAAUAAAUCUACAAAUUUAUUUCAAUAGUAAAAUAAUAGUAAUUCAAAUAACAUUUUUUAAUCAACUAAUGGAGCAAACAAUUAAGGUAAUAAUAAUAUAUUUAAUUAAUCUAAUAAUAAUUUUAAUUAAUAACAAAAGAAUAAUAAUAUUUUCAAUAAUUAAAAUCUCUUUUCCAAUAAUAAUAAUAAUAAUUCAAAUAAUUUAUUUAAUCAAUCACUAUAAUCUAUUUAACCUGAUUUAUUUUAGUAUCCUACCAAUACAAAUAAUAAUUUAUUUUAACCUAUGAUAUAACCAUCACUUUUAGGAUCAUUAGAUUAUUUAAAAUUUCAAGAAAAUUAAUUUAAAGAUUUUACUCGUUAAGUAGAUACCCAAAUUAUAAUAAUGGAACAAUAGAAAUAAGCAAGUUUAGAUGAAUAUGAUUCUAUGCUCAGAAACAGCGUUAACAUAAAUUUUGACUAUCGAAUGUAAAAUUAAUAUACUUAAAGUAUGAAAUCCAAUAAAUCCUAUAAAUCACAAAAUUAAAAAUUUAUCAUUACGACGAGUAAUAAAACUAUUACUAGUCGUAAUGAUAAGAAAACUUAUUCUACAUUUUAACCAAAUAGUUUAAACACAGAAAUUAAUAGCAUUUUUAAUAGAGAAGAUAGAAAACCUAUAUCAAAAUUUUAAGAAAAUUUAAAAAAUACUGAUUCUAAAUGUGAGUUUAAAAGUUUUGCUUAGAGAGAUGAUAGAAAAUCAUAAUCAAUUAUUUUUAUGGAUUUAGAAAUUAUAUUUUUAGAAAGUGAAAAAUUCUUAUCUAUUUCUUAAUAAUUUUAGGAUAAAUCUAGAAUUUAUAAUGUAAAAUAAUUUGUAGAAGAACAACUUCAAAAUAUUGAAAUUUUUGGUUCAUAAUCAUAACAAUAUUUUAAUAAUUGUUUAAUUUAUAAUAAUAAUAAUCUCAUUUAGGAUUAUAAUAUUUUACUUUCAAAAUUUACUAGUAAUAAGCUAACAUUCAAUUACUUUUAUGUAAAAUUACCAAAAUUAAUUAAUGAUGCUUAUUCUUCAAAUUUGCAUAAAUUUCCAGAUUUUAGAAAAGUUCAUAACUUUUCUGUUUCAAAUAAAUUUGGUAAAAUAGUUUGGACAUAAGAAACUAAUAUUUAUUAUUUAGAUUUAGAUAAAAUAAUUGAUAUUAAAUAGGAAUCUAUUGAAGUUUAUGAUACAAUCAAAAUAAAUGAAUUGUUGAAACCAGAAAUUGGAGUCAAAUUAAAUAGUGAAAGCUAAAUUACAUUCAAAUUUUAACUAAAAAAUUCAUAAAUUAAUGAAGCAAAGUUUAAAAACAAUUUAAUUAGUUAAGCUUAGAAAUAGGGAUUAGAAUUUAUAUCUAUAGAUUUUAAAAAUUAAGAAUAUACUGUAAAAGCAUUUCAUUUUAGUGGCUAUCAUUUUAAUUCUGAUUAUUCUUACUCAGAUAACUAAAAUUAUUAGGAUUAACAAUAAUAAGUAUAAAUUUAAACUAACAAUGAUGAAAUUUCGUUUGAAUAAGAAGAAAAUGAUUCUCUUUCUUUAGAAUAUUAAAAUGAAUCUACACUAUAAUUUAAAUAAAAAUUUGAUAUUAAUUUUUAGAAUUUAAAAAUUUAAGAGAAAUAAAUCAAUUAUUAAUUAUCAAAUUAAAUUAUCAAUAAAUAUAAUUAAAGACUAACUCAAAAAUUUGUUAUUCCACUGGAUACUUUCUAAUAAAAUGAAUAAUUAAUAAUGAAUAUUUAAUUAAAGGAAAUUUACUUUAAUAAUUAGCAAUAAUCAGAUCAAACAAAGAAUACUUAAAAAAUAUCAAUUUUAUAACUUGAUUGUUUAUAUCAAUUUAAGAGUCCAUGUGAAGAAAUAAUAAUAUCAUUUCAAUUAUUGAAUAUUUUGUUUAGCAAUUCUAUUAUAUAUAUUGUACAAUUUCUAUAAUUGUAAUCAAAUCACUUGGUAUCAUUGUAAGAUAUUGAUAAGUCUCCAAAAAUUAAAAAUAUUAGAGGUUUACGUUUAAGUUUAUUUUUGGAAUAAUUUAAGAUUUAUUAGACAUAAGUAGAAUUUAGAGAAUAAUUGAUAUCACAAUAAUAAAUGUAAAAUUAGCUAUCGAAUGUAUUUUUAAGUUUAAACUUAUAACAAUAUUCUCAAACUAUGAUAAUAUUAAAUAAAAAUGAUUAGAUUGAUAUAUUUAUUGAUUGGAGAAUUAAUAGAUCACAAUCAUAACCUUUGUAUGAAGAUUAAUGGUGGAGUGAAUUAUAUAAUUAAUAAAAAGAUAACUAGAUUACAUCAUCUUAAUUUGCUGCAUUUAUAUAUUAUUUACUAAAAAAAACUAAAUAACCAUCUAAAGAAUAUAAAAAACUGUAUGAAAAUUUGUAUAAUAAUAUUGAUACAUAUACAAUAAUUUUGUUUAAUAUCAUACUGAGAAAAUAGAAAAAAGCUUCAUAAUAAUUGAAAUUAAUAGGUAAAACAUUUAUUUCAAAAUUAUUGAAAUCUUAAGUAUCUAACUAAUUGAUAUUUACAGUUUUAGAGACAUUUAAAAAUAAAAUAUUUCAGAAGGAAGAAUUAAUUAGAAUAAAAUCUUUGAUUGGGAAAAUAGGAUUCUUUAAUAAUAUAAGUGGGAAAGAUAUAAAUGAUGUUGAUUUAUAUAUUAAUAGAAAAUUGUAUCAAUAAGCUGUGAAGAAAAUAAUUGAAAAGAAUUUAGAAAAUUAAUACUAUUCAAUUUUAAAGGAAAGUAUAUCACCUUAUUUGGUUAUCAAUGAUUACUAUAAUGAAAAUGAUGUAAGAUUAAUUAUAAAACAUAUUAUAAAUAUAAAAAAAGAAAACUAAAUUAUAAACAUUAUAUGCAUGGUAUAAAUAUAAUUAAAUAUUAGAUGUAUUUAUUGGAAAUAGAAAUGAAUGAGAUAUUAAUUUAGAAGUAGAUAACAAAAAAUGAAUAUCAAUAUCAUAUGAAGUAGAUAAUAUUAAAAUUAUGCUAUAAUUCAUUUUGA